UAGUUGUUAACAUUUUGGUUCGGACAGUAGUAGUACCGGUACGUAGAGGAACGACGUCAUAUAGCGUGACGUAGCCUGUUGUGUCGUAAAGUGUAGUGCUAAAGUUAUGGAUUUGAAAACAAAACCGGGUUGUUGGGUCUUCAAUUAAAUAUCUGACAAAAUGUGUACCUCGGCAUCAUCGUGUGUGUUAACAAUAAUUAGUAUAUUAUUCUUGAUUUGUGGUUCGGCAUUUAUUGGUUUUGGAACAUGGUUUCUGAUAGACAAAGAUCGUGUCGUCAACAUGUUCCGUAUUUCAGAAGAUAUCGAAGACGUUGACGUCCUGGAACAGCCCUCUUUUCUAGAAAUCAGUAUCAUCAUCAUGCUAGCUUACGGACUGUGCCUGUAUUUUGUAUCCAUUAUCGGCAUUGCAGCUGCAUUUACCACCAGAGUCACAGCGUGUUUCUUCACGUAUAUUUCAGUGUUGUCAAUAGCUGUGAUUCUGCAGGUUGUUGCCAUUGCCUUGGUAGCAGUAUACAAUACAAUGUUUGAGAAAAAUGCGGAGAAAUUCUGGACUGCGACUCUGAAAAGUGUAUACAUCGGGCCAUAUGACAGGCAAGAAACAGCAUCGAAAGUCUGGGAUUCAACUCAAGCAUGGAUUGGUUGUUGUGGGGUCCAUGGACAAAAGGACUUCAAACAUCACAAUGGAUGGGACAGGAGCUGGGUAGACCCAAAGACCAGUAGGAAAACCACUGCAAACCUUCCCGUCACCUGCUGCAGGAUGAAGUCCAGUGCACCGGACAUUACAGCACUAAUCACACCACAGGCGUUUGCAGAUCAUCUGGUCCGUUCAGAUUGCCCCGUGUCAAAAUUGAAAAGCAGCCGAGAGGGCUGCUUUAAGAAACUAAGCGUACUGUUUGGCAAGUUCUUCAAAGUGUUUAUCGGAUUUGCUGUUGUAAAUAUGUUGUGUGUGAUUAUUGCAUUUGUGGCUGCUUUCAUUAUCAUGGUGAGAAAGAGGAAACUUGUAGGUUUCAUGUAAAGUUUAAAUUUUCCAGUUUGGCAACCCCAACAUAUAACAUGCACUCAGUAUUUAGGCCUAACUAAUCAUUGUUUAAUUGAUGUUUGGCUUUUUACUUUUUAGACACAAUUUUCCCACGGCCGCCUAGUUAUUAACAGACAGUAACAUAUUUAUUUAUUUAUUAAAACACUUUUUCAACCAGUUUCACAAUGAUAUUGUACUUGGCUUUUAAUGUCUUUGACUUCUAGUCCUGUCAAUUCUUUUAACGUAUUGUAAUCCAUCUGCAAAGGUUUGCAAAGUGCAUUUUUAAAGGCAUAUUGUCACAGACCACUGACCUAUUUAAUGGUCUAACAAAGUAUUACCUCAACAAAAAUAAUUUGAUUUGUCCCUAAAUGUACUUUAUUCAAUCAUCUUCAUAACCACCAUAC